GUCCGUCACCCUUGACUGUGGCUCUGCCUCCGGGGCGGAUCAGUGGAGCAGGUGCUGCUGCUGCGAGUCUCUAAGCGCCGCCUUCACUCACUCCACUGCGGCUCACUCAGCGCUCUCGAUCGCUGUGCUGCCUCCGGAGAAACGCGAUGGAUUUACUUCAGCACUAAAUACGUGGGAAAUACGCUUUUCUUCCGUGUUAAGGUAUGAGCCAUGAGCCAAAGUCCCCAGCAUUAGGAAUGAUCUCCACAGCACCAUGCACCAUGGCCACUGUAAGCCCCCUCACUCCCUCCCCCAUCAGCGGAGCAAUGAUUGCCAACGGAAGCCCAGCAUCCCAGUCUGGACACUCUGGAUUCGCUGCCGCUCUCCGCAAGCUAGCCAAACAGGCUGAAGAGCCAAGAGGUUCUAUUAGUAGCGAGUCAUCGCAUGUUUCCUCCCCAGUGACCAAUCACAUUUCUCCAGUCAGUACACCCAAGCGGGUUGCCAUGGCUACUAGCCUGGGUCCGCCCACAGGCACCCCACCUGUGGUCACCAUCGCCCCAACUAAAACAGUCAAUGGAUUUUGGAGGUCUGAAGGACGUCAGGCUGACUCAGCAUUGAGAGUGUCCGGCCAAGAGCGUUUGGCCCCAGAUCGGCCUUUACCAGCCCAGGAGAAGACCUCCCUCUCCCUCCCGCCGUACCUGGGUCCAGCCCACCCUUUCAACAUGACCCCGAGUGCUCUCAUUCAAGACCCUCGUCUUCAAACUCACCUGUCCAGGCAGGUUCCUAAUAUGCUGCUAGCAGGGACUCCGCAGGAGGAGUAUCUUCGCGAUGGCUUUCGUCCGUAUGCCUCUGCCGAAGAGUUGCGCAUGCCCUUGCUCCCUCUAGGGCUCAGUCCAGGAACCACAGCAGACACUCUCACAUACUUUCACUCAGGAUAUUUGCCCCACCCCUCGCUUGCUUCAUACAGGAUGGAGGACUACUACAGUCUGUCCGCCCUCCGUUCGCAUUACUACCCGCUUCCAGAGGGGGGAGCCCUGCCGGCCCUCCACCCAUCUGCUGUUCACCUGCCCAUGCCAGGCAUCUUUUACCCUCCUGACAUCGCACACCAGUCGCUGUCAGCGCUGCACUCUGAGAGGCUGCAGAUGGAAGAGGAACUUCGCCAGCAGGAGAGGGAAAGAGAACGAGAGAAAGAGAGAACGCGUGAAAUUGAACGAGAAAGGCAGUGGGAACAGGAGGUGCAGAGAGAGAAGGACAGAGACCGAGAGAAGGAAAGAGAGGUCGAGAUUAAGAAAGAGCGAGGGAAAGAGAUCCAGGUGGUCAAGGCGAUGGAGAAACGCCACCUGAGCCACGAGCCGCCGGCGAACCAACACUUGAUCUCUCACUCGCAGUCUCAUCUGUACGCACACCGGCAGCCCAUGAAGGAAAGAGCCAAGCUCGAGGAAAGACUCGCUGCUAACAGACCAGACAAAACCAAAGAAGCAUCGCUGCUCAUGCCACAGUCUGCUCCAUACUCAUCCUCAGGAGGUCCUUCGUCCAUCUCCACCUCAGGCCUUGGCCUCUCUUCAAUCAGCCAGUUUGGGAAAAGCCACAGGCUCAUGGUAACUCCCAUGAUGCUCCAGCGGCAGGAGGAGGAGGACAGAUGGCUUGCCAGACAGAGAGCAGCACUGAAGGUGGAGAAAGCGGACAGACACGGCCAGGAGUUUCAACAGCAAGAGAGGCACCAGGAUGUUGUUCGGACCGCAGAACCAGUCGAACCACAGAGAGAGACACACAGGUACGGCACACACCAUAAUGAUGUGGGUGUCAGAGACUUACCUCAACCCUUGGGUGCACCACCUCCUCUCAUCAUUCCUAAACCUCUUCCUCGGGACCAUCACCCCUCUUCUUCCACUCCCAGCAGCCUUUGGAACCCCGUCUCCCUCCUCAACUCGCCCUCAGACCGGCCUCUAUCCCACAUCCAUCCUUUCUCAGGCCACACCAGACCAAAACCUCUUGAAGAAGAAGUCAAGCCCUCUUCCAUGCGGGUGAACAAUCUUCUGGAGCCUGGAAAAUACCUGGCGGAUCUGGAGAAAUCCACCCGGAGCUUUCUGAUCCAGCAGAGGGCCGCCUUCACCCAGUCUGGACCUGCGGACAACAGGCAGCCCCAGGGUCUGGCUCUAGAAAGGACAGACACCAUGAUGGUGUAUGAUCAGGCUCUCCAGCAGCACAGGAGGCUGGUCAGCAAAUUAGACCUGGAGGAGAAGAAACGCAGGGAAGCCAGAGAGAAAGGUUAUUACUUUGAAUUAGAUGACUCUUAUGAUGAGAGCGAUGAGGAGGAAGUUCGAGCUCAUCUGAGAAGAGUCGCUCAGCAGCCUCCUCUCAAACUAGAUGCAUCUACAGAGAAGACAGAGUUUUUGGGUUUGUUUGGACUGACGACUCUCUCUAAGCGAGAUGAGCUCCUGGAGAUGAAGAGGAGGAAGAGGAGGAGGAUGAUGCAGGAGAGAAUCCCUUCACCCUCAAUGGUGCAGAGUAAACGGAAGACUCCAUCUCCUCCCCAGCCUCCCCUCACCACACGCUUCACCCCAGAGGAGAUGGACUGCACUGCUGAACUCGACGACAAGAAACACUUCCUCAGCAUGUUCGACCUGAACCAUGUCAGUCUGGAUGAAAGAAGAAAGAAUAAGAAGAUUGAGGACUUGCUAGAAGCCAUCAAACAGAAAACUGUUACUUUGGACACCCUCAGAUAUGCCUCAGUUAGACCCUGUUCUAGCCCAUCUGCUCCAGUAUCUGCUGUCUCACAUCUCAAUCAGUCAGUCAGUAAUGUUCAUUCUGAACCCCGAAAUCACUCACCCGAAAACCCUCUGCCUCAAGACCCCCCGGCACUGGCACCUCUCCAGGCUCAAAACCAACCCAAGAUGACGUCCCCGAGCAGAAGAGCUCCGAGCCUGCAGGCCAGCGCUCGACAGCCCCUCUCCCGGCCGAAGGACCAACCUCCUGGGCUCAAUGGAGUAAAACUCCAGGUAUGGGAGCGAAGAAACUCUGAGGAGUUCGCACAGCACUUCCAUCAGUCUGUGCUGCAGUCUACUCAAAUAUCCCAGCAGAAACAGAAAGGUGCUGCUAUUGGGGUGAAUGAGCAGUUUGACCCCCCUGCACAUCCACCUCCAGGCCUCCAGAGGGCAGUCAACAAACUCCCUAAUGGACAGACCAAUGGCCACUCUUGCCAUUUAUCAUCCCUCCACGACUCUCCAGGGGUGAGGAAUGACCUUUCAGCUGGGGAGGGCAUCAGUUCAGAUGAAGAUGAGGAAGAGGAGUCGUUCAGUCCUAGGUGGAAAGGGAUUGAAUCUAUAUUUGAGGCAUACGAGGAGUACAUGGAGGAAAGAAGUAUAGAGCACCAGGUUCUCCAGAGUGAGUGUAGACGCCUAGAGACACACCAUUACAAUCUCACUCUGACAGCUGAACAGCUUUCUCAUAGUAUGAGGGACCUGUUGGCACAGAAGCACAAUCUAGCCCUGAAGAGAGAUCGCAUGCAGGCUGAACUGGAGCACUUCAAGAAAUGCUUGGCAUUGCCGCUGCUACACUGGCACAGAGGAUACUACAAGAGGCCUUCGCCGAGGUGACCUUACUCGCCUUUAUGAUGGAUGUGCUUAUGAAGGGUGGCUGGUCAGUGUAAUCGCUGGGUCAACGUGGCCUCACAUGAGAACUUAAUCUAAACGUGUGAUUGCAGCUUUGGCAUGAGAAGAUAGACAAUUGGUCAUUGUCUGGUGCCAAUGUUUGAUGCCUCACUGUGACUCUCUGCACUAAAAAUCCAACCACUAUAUACAGGAUCUAAUCUCUGAACAAAACAGGCAUUCAGCAUAUCCAUUACAUGACUAACGGACUAAAUCUGAUGGGACAUUUGAAAGACCAAUGCCAAGAGGUGCAGAAAACUAACCCGGAGCUGUUCACAUGCAGAUGGCUCUGGAAAUCAGCUAAUGUGGAAUUUAGUUCAAAUGUUUUAAUAUUUAUACAGUUUUUAAAGGAAUAUUAUUAUGUAAAAUACUGUCAAAUCACAUUUUGUAUGUUUUUAUUAUUAAUGAUUAAUUAUAAAAAGGACUGUAAUUUGGGAAAAAAAAUAUUUUGAUGCUUUUUGCUGGGAAAAAAUGUGUUGAUUGGGUACUGCUGGUCAGAAAUGUUGGUAAAAAACAGAAAUGAAGUUAGGAUCUCAUUUCAAAAUCUCAUCAAAGGUUUCAGUUUAUUAAUUGUUAUUGUAGGGAUGUCAUGAAAGUAGUUGUCUAGUACUAUUUAACAGUGUUCCUGUAUGUUUUGUUAUUCUCUCGUUGUCACACACCAAAUCAAAAGUUCUGUUACCAACCAGUACAUGGCUGUUCGAAAAUGGACACUAAAAAAAACAAUCAAAUGGGUAUCACUUUAUAAUAGCUUUCAUUAUUGACUCAUUAAUAACAAACAGCAGAUCAGCAGUUCACACAUUUAAAUAUGAAUAUACUGAAAAUACAUGAAUCAUGAGUACAUUUGUGAAUGUACAUUAAUUAUUAUGGAGGACCAUUUGUGCUAAGUCAGUCAAGCAAACGAUCAUUAUCAUGUGGAUGAUGAAAAAACAAUUAAUAAAAAAAUAAUAAAUAUGAAUAAAAUAAAUGAAUAAAAACAGAUGCAUACAAUAUAAAUGAGAAUAUAUACAUAAUAAUUAUGAAAAAAUAAGAAUAAUCAAUUAAAUAUGGUAUUUUCUGUUUAAUUCAUACAAUAUUUUAUUUGUUAUAUUUUUAUUUGUUUUAUUUGUUUUUAUUUGUUAUAUUAUAUUUUAAUAUAAUAUUUAUAUUGAUUUCUGGGUCAUUUUGUUUCUAAAAUGAUUAUGAAAUGGCACAAACGGUCCCCUAUAAAUUAACAUUCGGUUAAAGAUUAUAUGAUGAUCAUGUAAUACUGUUUGUUACAGACUUAUUAAAAUCAUAAAAAUAAUUAUAAAGUGUCACCCAAAUGUUUGUUUGUAUAACUUGGCCAGUAUAAUUUAUUUUUCAACCUACAGCUGCCAACAGUCAUUUAGCUUGUGCAUUUCAUACAGAUUUUAGUGCCACAAAGUUUUGUACAGCAGUGACUAGUGAAAAAACACAAAUGAGCUGUCACUGUAUUAUUAAUUAUGACAUAACCCCCCAGUUUCACAGACAAGGCUUAAGCUAGUCUUAGACUGAAAUGCAUGUUUGAGCUUUUUUAAUGGAAAGCAAC